AUGUCAAGCGCGUUGUCGCUGCAGCCUGCGCCGCUUACGAGCGCGGUAUUCUCGCGUACUGUCGAAGAAGACCUUGAAUCACAGGCACGUGCGUCACUUAGUCUUUUUGGGUUCGGCUCCAAGGAUUCUGUCAACUGGAGCCCCGUCAGCGCCACCGCCACUACCGCCUCUUCCGCAGACACAACUGGAACAGGCGGUGCGAUUAAAGUACGUGUCAUGGAGCGCGUAUGUCCCGUUGGUACAAAUAAAUUUCUCUGGAAUACGAUGAAUUCUCUCGCUAAUGGGGGCGAAGGAGGCGAUGAUCCAGAAGAUCUAUGUGCUGAUCCCGCAACAAUUAAUGGCAACAAUAGCAAUGGCGUCAACGUAAAUGGAGCGCGGGACGGCGAAAAAUUAGAUUGGGACUCUGCGUCUUCAAAUGCAGGACUUGGCAAUAUGUUUGCAUCGAAAGUGUUGCAGCAAUAUCUUGUGAAAUGUGUAGCGCUAUUGCCAUCUUCGAUUGAAGAAGUUGUCGAUUUACUCAUUCGUUCCGACAGAGAAGAUAUGGAGCUGCCUAUGCAACAUCUUGUUGGUGUCCGCACUAGCUCAUCGGCAUUUGUUUAUCGUCGCAAGAAGAAGCCCCGACGUCGCAGUAAUAAUAACAUGAGCAGCGGCAUUAGUGGAAGUAGUAGCGACGGGGUUUCUCAGCGAAUGACCUCCCAGGCUUCAACUCAAGAUUGUGAUAGCGAAUCCUCGUACUCAGAUUCAGACUUGGAUGUUGACGAGGAUGUACACCCUUUUACAGGUUUUGGUCGAGAAUCUACAUCUGGGCGCGCUCGAGGAACCCGUGGUGAAUCAUCAGAGAUCGAUCGAUCACGAGGCAAUGCAACGCCGACAGGAGGAACAAGCCCAGGGCUGUAUUUAUCGAACUCAUACAUGGAAGAUUAUCGAACGGCAAUGGCAACAUCAGGUCAUCAGGGUAAUCUCGGUAUCAAAUGGGUUAUUGGUGAGAAGUCAAGUCGGAUGUUUGCAUCGCGAACUACGUAUUGUUUAUUAGAUUACGAGUGUAUUUUGGUGAAUGAUUGGGAUGAAGAUGCUGACCCCUCGCCAAUGUAUGUGCGCACGAUGCAAUCGUGCUACAGUCCACAGUGUCAGUCGUGGCUAGACGAGGUAGGCUCUAAGCCUACAGACCUUCAGCCAACAGGUUUUAUGGUACGUCUAGCAAGUGGUCACAACGGAUAUGUAGAAAUUCAGUUUGUGGCAUCGAUAUUGGAAAAGGCACAGCUACCACUGGUCUCUCGACGGGCAAAAUUACGCGCACUGUGCGCGAAAAUUGCACGAUUGGAAGAGGUACUGACAAGUCGUCGCUUAUCGCAGUCUUUGCUCGUGAAUGCACCACAUUGGGUUCAUAAUCGUGAACGUUUAGGAUGCCGUAUAUGUAAUGCAAGGUUUGGUCUUUCACGUCGUCGCCAUCACUGCCGUUUAUGUGGUGAGGUUUGCUGCUCUGAGUGUUGUCCCAAGAUGGAUGUUGCGCUUCCUGAUGUUGGCUCCACAAGUGUGCGUGUGUGUAUCGUCUGUAUACAAAAGCGCCGAAAAAUUUGCGAGUCUACUACAUCUUCGUCCAGCGCAUCAGCUGGUGCAUCAUCGCCGUCUCCAAGUAAAGAAGCUACUCAUAAUCCGCCGCCACCGCUGAGUCAUCCUUUUCGUUCUGUGUCAUCGUCACCACCAAAUGCCUGCCUCCCCUCCUCGUCAAGUCACAGUUCCGCUGCCAGCAGCUUCACCACCGCCAGCAGUCUAGGCGAACAGAAGCACUCGUUGGCAUCCUCCGUUUUUCAAAAGAUGAAGAGUUCUUCACUAAGUUGA